CUCGGCGGCGACGGCGACGGCGACAUGGAGAGCGGGGCCUACGGCGCGGCCAAGGCGGGCGGCUCCUUCGACCUGCAGCGCUUCCUGGCGCAGCCGCAGGUGGUGGCGCGCGUCCUGUGCCUGAUCUUUGCCUUGAUCGUGUUCUCUUGCAUCUUCGGCGAGGGCUACAGCAACAGCUCGGAGUCUGCACAGUUGUACUGUGUGUUCAACCACAAUGAGGACGCCUGCCGCUAUGGCUCUGCCAUUGGGGUGCUGGCCUUCCUGGCCUCGGCAUUCUUCUUCGUGGUUGAUAUCUAUUUCCCUCAGAUCAGCAAUGCCACUGACCGCAAAUACCUGGUCAUCGCUGACCUGCUCUUCUCAGCUCUCUGGACCUUCCUGUGGUUUGUUGGUUUCUGCUUCCUUACCAACCAGUGGGCAGCCACCAAGCUAAGUGACGUGCUGGUGGGAGCCGACUCAGCCCGAGCAGCCAUCACCUUCAGCUUCUUCUCCAUUUUCUCCUGGGGUGUGCUGGCCUCCCUGGCUUACCAGCGCUACAAGGUGGGAGUGGACGAUUUCAUCCAGAACUAUGUGGACCCCACCCCGGACCCCAGCACGGCCUAUGCCUCCUAUCCCAGUGCAUCAGUGGAAAACUACCAGCAGCCACCCUUCACCCAGAAUGCAGAGACCACUGAGGGAUACCAGCCGCCCGUUGUGUAUUAAACUGCCACUGGGGGCGGGGCAAGGAGGCAGACAGGGCACCUAGGCAACCCCUCCACCCUGAGGCCUGCCUCCUGGAGCUGCAGCCCCUCUCCUCUGCCUUGCACCUGUCACAGCUGGCAGCCUGGGGAGCCUGCCUUCCUGCAGCACCAAAGUGCCUGUGCCCAAAGGUGCUCCAGUCACCCACCCACUCCUCAAGGGCAUUCUUUAGGAAGGGGGUUUUAGUUAGAUAUUGCAUUGCUUUUUUUUUUUUUUUUGCAGUGCUGGGGUUAGAACCCGGGGCCUAGGGUGUGCUAGACAAAUGUUCUACCACAGUUGUCUCCCUAGCUCAUUGCUUUAAUGACCCCUACCUGCCCCCCAUCCUGCCCGGAGUAGCCAGAGUGCCCUCUGAUGUACUGUUUUGACAAGUGCUGUAGCAUCCUCCAGCCCAAAAGCACAGAGCCCAGCCAGAGGCUCUGGAAGCCAGUUAUUUGGGCUUUUUGCCAAAGACAAGGGGUUCCAGCUGUCUCUCUGGGGUGCUGGGCUCAGGACCCCAUUUCCUCACUCAGGGUUGUCACUCCAGCCUCCCAUGAUUCUGGGCCUUGGUCCUGCCCUUGCCUAACCUUGGGCUAGGGGCCCUGUGCUUACUGCUGUAUCCCUGGGGUUACCACUCCGUGCCAUCUGCCCUGAGCUGCUUUCCUGAAAGCCAUGGGGGCCAGUUGUCCACCCUGAGGGGACUGGACAAUACUUUUUUGUUCCCACCUCUGGUAGCAGGGAAGGGCUUUGCCUGACAGUAACACCCAGCUUUAUGUAAAACCUCUGCAACUUUA